AAAAUAAUAUAAUCCACUUUCCAGCCACAUAGUUCUUUUUGAGAUUUCCUCAUCUUCGGCCUCUUCUUGAGAUUUCAUCUUCACUUCUGCCUUCCUGUAACAAAUUUUCUCUGUAGCUUUUGCUGGUUCUCACAUUUUUCCGUCUUGCUGCCUCUCUUUUUCAAAGUGUCACCAUGGAUAUUGGUGGCCUGACAACAGUGGUGGCCAACUCUGCCUACAUCUCUGCCCGUGGGAGCUUUGAUGGCACUGCCAACCCUGCAGCCAACCGAGACAAGAAAUACCAUGCUCGCUUGAAGCUGCCACACAUCACAGUGUGUGAAGGCCUGCGAGAGACAUUGGACCUCGGCUUCCAAACAGUUUGUGUGGACCAGCCCAUCGGAAAACGUCUUUUCCAGGAGUUUUUAGACUCCAAUAAUGAGUAUAAGGGCCCUUGUCGUCUGUGGAAGGAUAUUGAGGAAUAUAACUUGGCUGAGGAUGAAGACAGAGUCAAGAAAGCAAGCAAGAUCUUGUCUCGGUACAUGGAGCCUGACGCUAAGCACUACUGUCCCUUUUUGCCAGAAAAUGGCAUCACAAAGGUCAAAGAGAAACACCAAGAGGCGGGGGAUGAUCUUUUCAAUGAAACUCUGGACAGCGUGAUGGACUUUCUAAAGGAAGUACCCUACACUUUCUUCCUGGAGAGCAUGUAUCUGAAGAGGUUCCUGCAGUGGAAGUGGCUGGAAAUGCAACCUGUAGCUGAGGAUUGGUUUUUAGAUUUCCGUGUAUUGGGUAAGGGGGGGUUUGGUGAAGUGUCUGCCUGUCAGAUGAGAGCUACGGGAAAACUGUAUGCCUGUAAAAAGCUAAACAAGAAGCGGCUGAAGAAGAGAAAAGGACAUGAGGGGGCGAUGGUAGAAAAAAGGAUCCUGGCUCGGGUCCACAGCAGGUUCAUUGUCUCUUUGGCUUACGCCUUUCAGACCAAAACCGAGUUGUGUCUGGUCAUGACCAUCAUGAAUGGAGGAGACCUAAGGUAUCACAUUUACAAUGUGGAUGAGAACAACCCAGGUUUUGAUGAGCCACGGGCCUGUUACUAUGCUGCACAGAUCAUCCAGGGCUUGGAGCACCUCCAUCAGAAGAGGAUCAUCUAUAGAGACCUCAAACCAGAGAACGUACUGUUGGACAAUGAAGGUAAUGUACGUAUCUCUGACCUUGGUCUGGCUGUGGAGCUGGCAGACGAUCAGUUCAAAAUCAAGGGCUAUGCCGGUACUCCAGGUUUCAUGGCUCCAGAGCUCCUGAAAGGAGAGGAGUAUGACUACUCUGUGGAUUAUUUCACUCUGGGGGUCACUCUCUACGAGUUUCUGGCUGCCAAGGGGCCAUUUAGGACCAGAGGAGAGAAGGUGGAGAACAAGGUGGUGAAGCAGCGGAUACUGAACGAUCCUGUAACUUAUCCAGAGACGUUCAGUGAGCAUGCCAAGUCCAUCUGUGAGGGUCUGCUGUGCAAAGAGGUCGACAAGAGGCUUGGUUUCAAGGAUGGGUCAUGUGACGAGCUGAGAGCACACCCUUUCUUCAGCCAGCUCAACUGGAGGAAACUGGAUGCAGGGAUUCUGACACCCCCUUUUGUGCCAGACUCCAAGACAGUGUAUGCCAAGGACCUGGAUCAUGUUGGGGCCUUCUCCACAGUCAAAGGCGUGCAGCUGGAAGCCACAGACAAUGAUUUUUUUGACGAGUUCGCCUCAGGGAACAUCUCCAUCCCCUGGCAAGAAGAGAUGAUUGAGACUGGGAUCUACGGAGAGCUCACAAUCUGGGGCCCAGGUGGAGCUUUGCCUAACGACCUGCGGCGUGAAUCCAUCUUGGAGCAGCCAAAGUCAUCCACAUGCACGCUGUCAUGAGAGUUUACAAUGUAAUGCUAUUAAAAGAUGAUUUUACAUGAACUGUUUUAUGUUGAGCACUUUCCAUGCAAGUGGUUGGUGGUGGACUGAAGGGGGAAUGAAUGUCGGCAAUGAUUUGUUUUCUCUAAAUUUACAAGCAGUGCAGCUCCAAAACAUAAUACAAUAUUUAUUGAGGUAUUGCAAUAUUUGCGUACAUCUUUGCUGGAUUGCUAGGCCAAAGCUUCAUAGUUUAAUUCUUUAUUUAAAGAAAAUCUAACAAUCUCUUUUAUUAUGUAAUUAUCUGUUUCUUACAAUAAUACUACUAAGAGUUUUACAUGAGUGAAUGAGUCAUUUUUUGUCUCUGUAUGAAUGAACAGCAAAAAAAACAACAAAAAAAACAUUUACUUUUCUUAUAUUUCACUAUAU